GUCACAUGGGUUUUGUUGGACUUGACAGCGCUUUAGGUCAUGUCGAGAAAUGCCACUCUUUGUUAAGUAAAGUGGCGAGAAAUCUUGCUCCAAAACAAGAUUCAUUUCAUUAGAUGGUCAUUACCACCACACCUGCAGACAUCUGCCACAGCAGGUUAAAGUGAAGGGUCGCAGUUGGCUAGCACGACUACUUAUUGCGCUAGCGUGUUAGCGUGUGAGCUAACAACAGCUGCAGCUCGGGAGAAUGUCGCUCCACGGCAAAAGAAAAGAGAUCUACAAAUACGAGGCACCAUGGACGGUGUAUGCGAUGAACUGGAGCGUGCGGCCGGACAAACGCUUUCGCCUGGCACUCGGGAGCUUUGUGGAGGAAUACAACAACAAGGUCCAGCUGGUGGGUCUGGAAGAAGAGAGCUCCGAGUUCGUCUGCAGGAAUACUUUUGACCACCCUUACCCCACAACCAAGAUCAUGUGGAUCCCGGACACUAAGGGGGUGUACCCGGACCUGCUGGCCACCAGUGGGGACUACCUGCGCAUCUGGAGGGUCAGCGACACAGAAACACGUCUCGAAUGUUUGCUGAACAACAACAAGAACUCCGACUUCUGUGCUCCCCUCACAUCCUUUGACUGGAAUGAAGUUGACCCUAAUCUGCUGGGUACUUCAAGCAUUGACACCACUUGCACUAUCUGGGGGUUGGAGACCGGUCAGGUGUUAGGACGAGUAAACCUGGUGUCUGGGCACGUGAAGACCCAGCUGAUUGCUCAUGACAAAGAGGUGUAUGACAUCGCGUUCAGCCGUGCAGGAGGUGGUAGAGACAUGUUUGCCUCUGUGGGAGCCGAUGGAUCCGUCCGCAUGUUUGACCUCCGGCACCUGGAGCACAGUACCAUCAUCUAUGAAGACCCCCAGCACCACCCGCUGCUCCGCCUUUGCUGGAACAAGCAGGACCCCAACUACUUGGCUACAAUGGCCAUGGACGGCAUGGAGGUGGUCAUCCUGGAUGUACGCGUGCCUUGCACUCCGGUGGCUCGGCUGAACAAUCAUCGCGCUUGUGUCAACGGCAUUGCCUGGGCCCCCCACUCGUCAUGUCACAUCUGUACUGCAGGUAAAGGCACCUUCAGAUUGUGGGAUAUAGGAGCCGACGACCACCAGGCUCUGAUCUGGGACAUCCAGCAGAUGCCACGAGCCAUUGAGGAUCCCAUCCUAGCCUACACUGCUGAAGGGGAGAUAAACAAUGUGCAAUGGGCAUCCACGCAGCCGGACUGGAUCGCCAUCUGCUACAACAACUGCUUAGAGAUUCUCCGUGUCUAAAAAAAAAAACACAAACACUUGUAUGAAGAAGAGAAGCUCCUUCUUGUUUCAGAUUUGGACUCGAUUUUUAGUCUUCGUCCCACUGCUUUCAAGACAAGGAUGAGGCCACGAAAAACUUUCUGAACGUGUUUGGAGUAUCGCACACCUACCCAACAAUAACCUGGUUUGGUCCUAUGUCUUUACUCCAUUGUUCUUCUAUCAAACUUAUUAAGCUCUUAUUUAUUUUGCUCACAAGGUAGCGUUCUGGAGCUUUGAACUCUGAGCAGCAGUCUAUGAAAACACAAAUUUUAUACUUCUUGGUGUCAUUUCAGCCAGCUGUGAGAUUAUCAUGGAGGGUUUGGCUGUUGUGUGCUUCAUCUUUGAGUUGUAAAGAUUGAUACAAACUGGUGAAAGUGUGCCGAAGGUGACCUCUCUCGGAAUAUGUGGGAGCCGUCUUUUGGACUAAUACCAUAUUAUUGAUGAUUCACAGGUCAACACACCAUGCACUUGUUUACCCAUGUAAGAUUUUUCAAACAGGUGGUUGUCCAGUAUCCUCACUCCAAAUGAUCGAGGUUCAAACUUGUGACCUAUGAAACUUUUAUAAAUUUUCAGACAACCUGAGAGGGAUUCGUAAUGUCACACAAGUGGCGUCGAGCAUCAUAUGGUGUGUUUCAGUCUGGCUGGUGACGCCGUGAGGCAGCCGUGUACAGCAACAAUCAGAACCUGCCAGCGCAAUGUCGUUCGGCCCUUUGAACUCCCUACUUAUUCUCUUUAUUUAUAGAAGAUUGUGCUUUGAAAGCUGCAAUUUCUUUGUGUUUAGAGUGAGUUGUGAAAAAUGGGAGGAGCGUGGAACAACUUCCUGACAGUCUGCCUAUCUUUUUGCUGUUUCCAAUAAUAAAAAGGGUCACGUCCUUGUAGCAUGCCAUUACAAGGCAACAAAUGUACAUAAAUAUAAAUAUAUCAACUAGAGAUGUUGGUAAGACAAGUGUUCAUGUUGUAGCUUUUUCAUAAAGUUUAUUAUUGAAUUUGCUCAAAUAAAUCUUAUUCCUCCAUGUCCUA